AAUUAUUAGGAUUACGUGUCGAUGGUCUUUCUUCAUAUCGUCAGCGAUUACAGCGGUACAUGGCAGUACAUACAACACAUAUCAAAGGAAACCCAACAGUCCAUUGGCUUCUUUAUACUAUCUAUUUGGAUAGAUCUUCAUUAAUGUAAUAUGUCCACCUAUUCAACAGAUGCGUCAUCUGCUAAUUGGCAGUGGCAGUACAACACGUCCGUCUGCUUCAACGAUGGUGAGAAUGCCACAAUAACAUGGAGAGUGACUCUGAACUCGGGGGAAGAAGUUGGAGCUGUGAGUGUCUCGCAAAGAAAGCCUAUAGUGGGUGGUUCAGUGGUCGAGAUGUAUUCUACAGUUACAGGAAAGGGCUCAGCGUUCAGUGAUCGAGUAAUGUGGUUAUCCUACUCGGGUUUAUCUCCUGUAUAUUAUGUAAUGUUUACGCUAAAGGUUAACAACAGCGAGGAUGAAUUCGGCACCUACGAAAUACGAUGUAAUGUAAACUCAAAGAACUACCUCGUUGGGCAGCCUCCAUCAGACACUCUACUCAAAGUGCAGGUUCCACCAAGCAGCGUUAUUAUAACCCCAUCAAGUCCUACCGUGACCGAGCGUGACCAAGUGAACCUGACGUGUUCAGCUGAUGGUACUCCUCAACCAACCUUCACAUGGAUCAGCCCUCAGGGGCACAUCGUAGCACACGGACCGUCCUACACCAUUCCUAUGGUGCACCGCGACAUGUCAGGGGUAUACACGUGCGUGGCUACUGACGGAUGUGGACGGAAUCACACCAUGGAUGCGACACUCGCUGUGAGAUAUAAACCAGAAAACACCAAAUUAAUACCAAAUGAGCAUAUCGGCUGUGUCAGGGAUGUUGUCUCGUUAAAUUGCUCAGCGUUGGCUAACCCAAACAACAUCAAUUACACUCUGUAUCGCAAUGAUACGGCGCUUGCAUCAAAUAUGAACGGAAAAUUUGUCAUUAGUCUUAACACUUCUGGCUUGAGUAUCUUCAAGUGUGUUCCCAGUAACGAGGUGGGAGAUGGAGAAAACAAGAUCGGCUUCUUCGCUGUCAAAGAUCCACCACGAAUAACAAGCUUUACCUCGCCAAAAAUCGAAGUCGAAGGAUCCGAUGUAACAAUGCGAUGCAUCGCAUCUGGUACAGCGCCGUUAAGAGUUGCGAUUUUCCACCCAAACGGCUCUGUGCUGACCAACACUGGGAUCUACACGUUCAGUCCUAUCACGAGAAGAGAUGGAGGGACCUACACAUGCACCGUGAACAACGGCAACGAGUGUUCAAAUGACACAAACACAACGAGUAUCACUGUUAACUAUAAACCAGAAAACACCGAAUUAAUACCAAAUGAGCAUAUCGGCUGUGUCAGGGAUGUUGUCUCGUUAAAUUGCUCAGCAUUGGCUAACCCAAACAACAUCAACUACACUCUGUAUCGCAAUGAUACGGCGCUUGCCUCAAAUAUGAACGGAAAAUUUGUCAUUAGUCUUAACGCUUCUGGCUUGAGUAUCUUCAAGUGUGUUCCCAGUAACGAGGCGGGAGAUGGAGAAAACAAGAGCGGCUUCUUCGCUGUCAAAGAUCCGCCACGAAUAACAAGCUUUACCUCGCCACAAAUCGAAGUCGAAGGAUCCGAUGUAACAAUGCGAUGCAUUGGAUCUGGUACAACGCCGUUAAGAGUUGCGAUUUUCCACCCAAACGGCUCUGUGCUGACCAACACUGGGAGCUACAGGUUCAGUCCUAUCACAAGAAGAGAUGAGGGGACCUACACAUGCACCGUGAACAACGGCAACGAGUGUCCAGCUUAUACAAGAACAACGAGUAUCACUGUUAUCUAUAAACCAGAGAAAACAAGCCUAACACGUCUGGAAAGCUCUUACUGUCUGGGGACCAGCGUUUAUUUUAACUGCACAGCGAGGGGUGAACCAGAUGACAUCCACUACUCGCUUUUCGUCAACAAGACCCUUUUGAUAGAGAAGUCAAAUGGGGUAUUCAACUUGACGUUAAACACUUUAGGAACGCAUGAAUACACUUGUGUGCCGAAUAACACAGCAGGAAUUGGUCAGAAGAACACAUUCAGUAUUGAUAUGCAAGAAAAAAUAGAGUUCGUCAAUAUUUCAGCUCCAAUGGUAAAAAGAGGAGUCCCCUUUACCUUGGAGUGUACAACUAAUGUGGUUAGACCUGUCAGCAUCACUUGGUACAAGAACAGCGAAUGGUUUAGCAGCAAUAGAAGUCUUAUAUUUAGCGGGUCGUUGAAUGAUACCGGUUCUUACAGCUGCCUCGCGGAAAGUGCCUGCAACACCAAGCAAAGCGAAAGAGUCAAUAUUACGGUUACAUAUGCCAACAUGGAGAGGUAUUCCCUCAAAUGUAUAACGUCACCGGCUGUCAGUAUCACCAUAGAAACAAACAAGACCCCUCCUCCAGACAUCGUUUGCAUGAAUGACGGCAAAAGGUUACAAUCAAAAAUUACCAGUACAACAGAAACUAAAGUCACCUACGAAGUGAAAUUGGCAAGUCUAGACAAAAUAGAGGUGGUAUGCAACGCCGAAGGUUUUCCUGGAUCUCAGCAGAAAUUAACCGUCGUUCCAGCAGGCUCUGAGCAAACCAGUAAUGGAAGUUUUAGGAUAACAAAUGUUCAGUACCCUCCAAGCAAACAAGUGAAAAGCAACAUUGAAAAAUUGGUCAGGGAGAGCAUUGAUACCACGUGUCUGAAAGAAAUCUUCUUGAGUUACGGGUCAGGGAGUGUACUUGUAUAUGUAUCUCUGGUUCUGACGGCAAACAUCGCGGAUCCCUUUGUACUACUCAAACAUGCACUCGUAAAAAAUGCGCCGAGAUACGGGUUUGCAAUAGAGCCAGCAAGCGUCAAAAUACAACUACCGGAGUCCUUACCACAGCUAAGUGACGUCAUGCCGGCAUCCAGCAGCCUCAAAGUCACGUGGUCAAACGCAACUCGUAAUGCGCAGUGUACGAUGCGCGCUAGACCUCUAGCUGGAGCGUCACGUGACUGGGUGACGUCAUCAGGUGUCAGUAAUUCAGCCUCGCUGUCGUGCGUGUUGGAUGAUCUUGAACCUGACACUCUGUACGAGGUGGAGGUCACUGUGUCGUUGCGGGGAGACACGAGGCGUGACACGGUCUACAUCAGGACCACCCCCACAGCUGUCGAGGUAAAUGAUCAGAACUCCACCAUUGUUGGUCUCGCUGUGUUGGUCGCCAUCUUGUUCUUGGUCAUCUUUGGUCUGAUUGUCUACAUCGUGGUGCUGAAGAGGGCAGAUCUUACAACAAGGAAAAGAAGACCUGAAGCUGAUAACCCAGGCUACUCUGGAUUCCAGAAUGUGGCAAUGCAAGAAAAUGCGAACCAAGACCAGCACACAGUCCCAGAGAUGGGAGACUAUGAGGUCGCCCCAUCAGAAAAUAAGGUUCCCACCCCUGACCCCAUUCCACAAUACGAACCAGUGAACAAUACACAAGCACGACCAUCCAACCGUAGUAACGUCACGCACUAUAAUGAUAUAACGCAAGGGGGCAAUGUCACGCAGUAUGAAGCUAUGAAUAGACAUGCAUCACGUGAUCGGCAUGUACCAGGCAAUCGCCAGUACGAUAGCGUCGAUAGCACGAGAAUGAGUAGACAGAAUCCACCCGCGAGGAGAGCAAGGAACGACACAGGUGAUCAAGGCGAGCCAGGUUACGAGAACACAAGAAAACGAGGUUUACCACAUGAAGUGUACCAGUCCCUACAGGCGACGACACAACACAGCGAGAAUGCGCAGUACGCACCACUGCAUCCUAGGACACGAAUUGCGGCCAGGUCUGGUGGUAGGGACGAGAGGGGAGUAGGCACAGAUAUAAGAGGGAGUGAGUACCAGGAGUUGCACAGGACUAAAGCCACAGAUCCAUGUUAUCAACGGGUAGGUAGUAGAGUUACUAGCGCAUAAGAUGCUCAUAUCGCGGAUCCAUGUGAUCAACGGCUAGGCUCUAGAAAUACCACUAGCGCGUAAGAUAGUCCCGCAGAUCCUUGUAAUCACGUACAAAGAUAAUACCAGCGCGUUAGCUGAAAAUACACACGUACACGUACACUUGAGGUAAAUAUUAUCAAAGAUUUAGUCACUAGUCACAAGGCGAUAGGUGUAUUUAUAUCACCAUUGGUCGAGAUAACCGUGUUACCCUAUGUUACCAUUCACAUGAACUGGAUAUAUCAACAAAGAUCAUCAUGCUAUCUCUCGCUAUUAUCACGCGGUAAAGUAUACCAGGAACAAUAAAUAAAUACGUUUUAAUGUCGUUUCAAUAGAAACCCCCGAAUAUUAUGGACUUUUUCAAUUGCUGCUAGUGGUUAGUUAUCUUUGGAAGCGCAACCAAGGUAUCCUAUCGUGUAGACCUGAAACAACACGUCUUUCACAGUGUGGGUUUACAGAGGCUCGCUUGGUUACUGGUUACUGCCAACAUGAACUAAUUUGCUAAUUAUAUUUGACGUUAGUUUUAUCCUGCAUGGUAUGCUUAUUGUUGUAAUCAAUUCUUAACCCAGUUACUUGAAACAUAAUUAAUAACUUACAAUAAAAAAUCACUUUUCUUCGUCA